CUGUCAUCUUUCAACCACUUCAUCACGCCAUAAAAUUCAAUACAUGAGUUCUUUAUUCAAUACAACUAUUCCUGUAUUAUUGAACUCUGACUGACCUUCUCUGCAUGCCACCGUUCGUCCCCCGCAAGCGCGUCUCCUCCGAGGAUCCUCCCAGUACCAAACGCCACCAUGCGAUCCCUGCUGUCAAAGCUCCAGUUGUGGAGGAUUCCGAAGACGACUCGCCAUUGAGCGAUGUGCCUAACUCUGAUAAUGAGGAAACCCCUGGGAAAAAUGAUGCGACCGAGAAGGGCAAAGGAAAAAGCCAGGGAUCGGAGGACGAGGACGAGGAAAGCGACGACGAUGACGAUGACGCUACGGAUUGGGAAGACGCUAUAGAUACUACGAACCAGCCUGCACAUACCACCGCUCUGCUCCCGUCCGCGAUUGAGUCGCAGGAUCUCGAAUUGACGCUCGACAAGAACGAAGUGCAUGUAGCUGAUCUCCUCGAUGGCAAAAAGGGCCCAUCCAAGAUCGAGCGCCAGAUCCGUAUCAGAACCCAUUGUCUACAUGUGCAGCUUCUACUCGCUCACAAUGCCGUCCGAAAUGCCUGGGUGAAUAACUCCAAAGUCCACGAAACCCUCCGGCGCAGGUUACCCCAGGGAAUUUACAAGGAGAUCAAGAAGUGGCGGGUCGCAUCAGCGCUCGAUCCCCCAGAACAAGAAAUUACGGAGAAAUCCACCAAAAAGAGGAAAGGGAAAGAGAAGCAGACUCGUAACCCUGAGCGGGAUUGGGGGGAAGGCUCGUCGCGAUUGGAACCUGGAAAGCCGGAUAUGAGUCUGGGCGAUCCUAUCAUUUCCCUACUCAAGGUUCUCGCUGCAUACUGGAGAAAACAGUUUAAAAUCACUGCGCCGGGUCUGCGCAAACAUGGAUAUCAGCACAUGGCACAGGUGGAUGCUGAAAUACGUUCUUUUAAUGAUGAUGGCCAUGACCCCGAGCGACAUGGAGAACGAUUUGCUAGUGUGGACGAGUUCCGGUCGGCAGCAGACUGCAUGGAGGGUUCUAGGGAUACAGGCGCGCAGCUCUUCACAGCGCUUCUUCGCGCAUUGGACAUUGAGGCUAGGCUAGUAGUUAGUCUACAACCUCUUGGAUUCGGAUGGACCAAGGCCGAGACCCAUACCCCGAAGUCCAAAAUGGAGUCAGAACCUGGCACUGCAGAAGCAACAGAAACAGGAGCAGAGUUGGACGACGAUGAGGAGAGUGACAGUGACUCCCCAGAUAAAAAUGCUUCAUCUCGUCGAGCAUAUGACAGAGACCUGCCAUUUCCUAUCUACUGGACAGAGGUUGCAUCUCCUAUCACCCACCAGGUCAUACCUGUUGAUCCCCUUGUGCUCAAAAAUCCCGUGGCGACGACACCAGAGCUACAAGCAACUUUCGAACCGCGCGGGGCAAAAGCAGAAAAAGCCAAACAAGUUAUAUGCUACGUGAUAGCAUACUCGCCAGAUAAAUCGGCCAAGGAUGUCACAACACGGUAUCUCCGCCGUCGCACAUGGCCAGGAAAAACCAAAUGCUACCGAAUGCCAAUCGAAAAGAUCCCCGUCCCAGGUAAAAAAGGGAAGUUCUUCGAAUACGAUUGGUUCCGGGUGAUAUUCCGAAUCUACCAGCGGCCUCAGAACCAGAGAACGCCAGUCGACGACGUAGAAGACACCCAAGACCUGACACCCAAACAACCAGAAAAGAAACUCGUCAAAGAAGGCGACACGCUGCAAAGCCUCCGCGCCUCCACAGAAUUCGUCCUGGAACGCUUCCUCCGCCGCGAAGAAGCCCUACGCCCAGACUCCAAACCCGUCCGCACAUUCACAACAGGGAAAGGUGUCAAAGCCAAGACAGAGGACGUCUACCGCCGCUCUGAUGUAGUAAAAUGCCUCUCCGCAGAAAGUUGGCACAAAGAAGGCCGGCAGACCAAAAUUGGCGAAGCACCACUGAAACGCGUCCCCAUCCGCGCCGUAACCCUCCUCCGUAAACGUGAAGUCGAUGAGCUACAGCGCCAAACUGGCGAGAAGCCAAAACAAGGUCUCUACGCAAAAUACCAGACCGAAUACAUCAUUCCACCACCAAUAGAGAACGGGAUUAUACCCAAAAACGACUACGGAAACAUUGACUGCUUCGUUCCCUCCAUGGUACCCCGCGGCGCCGUACAUAUCCCUUGGUCUGGGACCGUGCGCAUUUGCAAGAAACUAGGUGUCGACUACGCCGAGGCAGUAACGGGGUUCGAAUUCGGAUCGAAAAUGGCUGUUCCCGUUAUCGAGGGCGUAGUCGUUGCAGAAGAAAACGAGGGCCUUGUCACGGAUGCGUGGAUGGCUGAGGAGGCUGAGAAACGCAAGAGGGAACAGCUCAAGGCCGAAAAACGCAUCUUGCAGACGUGGAGGAAGUUUCUGUUUGGUUUGAGGAUUGCGGAGCGCGUUAGGGAGGAGUAUGGGGGUGCUAUGGACUAUGAGGAGGACGAGGCUAAUCCAUUUGCGAAGCAGAUUAGACCUGGGGAUCGUGAGCGUCAGGAAGAGACGGCACGCGAGGAUGAAGUAGAAGGGGAGGAUGAAGAAGAUUCAGGCGAUCGAGGAGGUGGAUUCCUUCUACCGGGUGAGGAUGAUGGUGAUGAUGGGGGGUUGGUGGUAGAACGGCAGGAACAAGAAACUCGUCCACGGUCUGAAUCUCACGCAGUUGAGAUUAGUGAUAGUGAAGGCGAAAGAAAGGCAGAUGGUGGCGAUGACGACGGUUUUGAAAGCGCAAAAGUCAAUGAUGAAAACUCCAGCUCCGUUGAUGAGCUGCCUGACUCUGAAGAGGAAUAUCAGCCGCGAACGCGCAGACAAACGAGAAGCAGAAAGGGUUAAUGACUGUUGCUGUGCAGGACAACAAGCUAUGUAUAUUAUACUUGCUCAUGUUUUAAGGACGUCGUACAAUGAUUAUCUCCCAUUUACCCUAAUACAAUAAUACCCCCGAUACCCUAUUCAUCUUCGACGUAUCGAAGGCGAACCAAACCCCCGUAUCUCAUCCUCAUCCACGUCCAUAUCCAACUCCCUAUCAACAUCAACAUCAGCCUCCGCAUCCACAUCCGUCUCCAAAUCAAAAUCCCCCAGCGGACUAACAUGCACAACCGGAGAAGAAACAGGACUUUGCGCAAUAAGUGGCCGCGACUUAAACACACUCGCAUAAUCCGCACUCUCCUC